GGGGGCCGGCCCCGCUUCCUUCUCGCCGCCCGCGGCGUCCCCGGGCUGGCGCGCGCCGCGAUGGCAGCGGCAGAGCGGGGCUGAGCCCGCCGCCCGCCGCAGCCUCCGGGAGCCUCCGGCCCUAGCCAUGGCGAAGCAGUACGAUGUGCUGUUCCGGCUGCUGCUGAUCGGGGACUCCGGGGUGGGCAAGACCUGCCUGCUGUGCCGCUUCACCGACAACGAGUUCCACUCCUCGCACAUCUCCACCAUUGGUGUUGACUUUAAGAUGAAGACCAUAGAGGUAGACGGCAUCAAAGUGCGGAUACAGAUUUGGGACACAGCGGGGCAGGAGAGAUAUCAGACCAUCACAAAGCAGUACUAUCGACGGGCCCAGGGAAUAUUUUUAGUCUACGACAUUAGCAGCGAGCGCUCCUACCAGCACAUCAUGAAGUGGGUCAGUGAUGUGGAUGAGUAUGCACCAGAAGGUGUCCAGAAGAUCCUUAUAGGGAAUAAGGCCGAUGAAGAGCAGAAACGGCAGGUGGGAAGAGAGCAAGGGCAGCAGCUGGCUAAGGAGUAUGGCAUGGACUUCUAUGAAACAAGUGCCUGCACCAAUCUCAACAUUAAAGAGUCUUUCACGCGUCUGACAGAGCUGGUGCUGCAGGCACAUAGGAAGGAGCUGGAUGGUCUCCGGAUACGUGCCAGCAAUGAGUUGGCAUUGGCAGAGCUCGAGGAGGAGGAGAGCAAACCUGAGGGCCCAGCGAACUCUUCAAAAACCUGCUGGUGCUGAGGGUCCUGCAUGGAGCACCCACACAAUCCCUCCUCCCGUCAGGAGGCCUGCGGGCAGACAGGGAGUCUGGGCCAUGCCCUGCUUCUCCUCUCCUUUGGGUUACCCUGUGGAAUAUCAGUAGCUGCUACUCCUCCUGCCUGGCCCCCAGAGCAGCUCUGCUGUCAUCUCUGAGCAGCCUGUGCCCCCAGCCCCUCACCCUGGAGUGGUCUCCCCAGCCGCAGGCCUGCUAUGAGCACCAGGUGUACUCUCACCGCCCAAGCUCCCCAGACAAUGGCCGAGUCUGGAGUGAAGGCCACUGUCAGGAUCCUUCUCAGUGCAUCUUGUCUGCUGUCUGCUUUUUCUCUCUUCUUCCCACUUCUCUCUCUCUGCCCCAGUGUGUUUUGUAUCAAAGCCCCUCACGCCCUUUCCCUGUAUGUCCAGAUGUGUGGCUGCUGGUGCAGCUUCUUUCUUUCCUUUCUUCCUAACCCUGUCCAAGGGAAUGGACUCAGGCUUCAUGGGGAUGUUUCAUCUCUGCUCCUGGGAGGACCCACCGCCCCCCGCCCUCCUUUGUGGGUGGGCCAAAGGCCAUGGGGUGCUUCUCCCAUCCUCCCCUCCCCACCAUUCCUUCCUGUGCCAUGGGUCUGCCUCACCAAUAAUCUGGGAAAGUGGAACAUCAAGAUAGAAAGGAAGCCUGGGGCUGCCCUACGUCUCCCUGCCCUGCCCCACCCAGCUUUGGUCUUGCUUGGCUGCCUGCCCACCUGCCUCUUGGGGGAACUGAGCUCAGAGGCAGGUGCUUCAGACCAGGAAAAAAAAAAAAAAAAAAGCUGAGGGGUGGCAGGGAUAAAAAGCCACCUCCAUUUUCUACCUCCCACACAGCGUGUACACAAUUUCUCCCUCACCUUGGCUCCUGAAUUUAAAGAUGUGGACCAAGGUCUGCGGGCACUGCAGGGGCAAAGAGAGCCCCGGGGGAGUGGCACUCACAAGCCAACCACGUACUCCCAGAAAGGGGAGCAUUUGGAAAUAAAAGACUGGCUCCUAAAUAUCAGGUUAAGAGCAAAGGAGAGCAGGCCAGGGCGGCAGUUUGCAAAGUAGAGGGGAAUGUGGCAGAGCAGGGCUUCCUGGGCCCCACCUUCCAUUCCUUGUGUAAGAAGAGUAUUUCUCCACACUUCUUGGCAGGUGAGCAGUGACAUAACCACAUUGGUGGGCCCAGCCUUCAGCUCUCAAAGUUUUCCUGAGACGUAGUUUGUGGGAGAAGAGCAGGGGCUUCAUGGAAAGAAAGCAAGCAGGCCCUGGGUAGAAAUGCUCGGUGUUGUUCUCUUCAGCCUUCAAGACAACGUGCUCAUCUUGUGCCCCUCUAGCUCGAGGAUGACGCGUGAGGGUUUGCCAACUGCAGGGUGGCUACAGGUAAAGGGAAGAGGACUCCCUCCUUCGGAGCUCUUUGUUCUCGAGGAAGUUUCUUUAACCCCCAUGUGGUCCAAGAGUAGCUUGAAGGAGGCCCUUUAAGGGGGACAAGUCAGUUACCAGCCCUAGUAGGGCGCCUCCCCACCUUCCUUAGCAGGAGGAUCGUCCUUAAGCUACAUAUUAGCCAUAUUGCUUGGCUGGGGCUGGAGCUAAAACAGAGAACACCGCAUCGAGCAUUCACCAACUAAGGAGCAAAAUCCAGGGGACACACGUGAAGGAUUAAGAGCCCCACUUCCUUACUCCUCGAAAAAGGGGGUGGGGAUGAAAUCAAACUUUUCCUCCAGACUCUCAUCAAUAUAAGAGAUAGCAGGAGAGGGUGGCUCAGGAUGUAGGAACGGAAAAUGGGCUAGCAUAAUGGAAGGAAAAGGAGGGCAGGAAUAGUUAUAAGUCGUUGUAGUAAGAAAUUUAGAGAGCUGACUCUAGACGUAAGUCAUGACUCUGGUUCGAGAUGCUUCCUUGAGGACUAACUGCUCGGGUGGUGGGGCACAGGAAGCAUCACCGUGGGAUGGGGAGGUCGGUAAUGCCGAUCCUUGAGUGUCCUCAGCCGGGACUUCAGAAAGGGGAAGAUACGUUCAAAUUGGCUGCAACCUGUGGGUCAGUCAGUACUGCAGCUUUCCCUAAGGAUUGGGCAGAGCGCCAUUGCCUUUCCUGGUCCCUGCAGAACAGAGGGACUCCAUUUUUAACUGUACCCUAGGGGUUCCAGAAGGGAAAACAUGGGGUCGAGAUUCUAUGGCCUGGUUAGCUCCAUGUACAAAGGCAACAGCUGGGGAAAAGUAAGGGAACAGGAGGGCUGGGACGCUAGUGUGCAGUUAUGCUUACCAGGUACGAGUCAGCCCCUCCCCCUAAACUUCUCCAGUCCAGGAGGUGGCCUGGGAUUUGGCAUUAGGCCCCGACUGUUGAACAGGCGCUCCUGCCUGUUUACUCCUCACCACGUCUGCACCUGCUGUCCCGAGACUCAGCCCAGCCCCAGGCCCUCACCUGCUCCUGAGCCCCCACCAUCUCCCUGUGACGGGUGAAAUUUGUGUACUGUGUCUCGGGUCCAGUAUAUGAGUUGUGAGCAGGGUUCAUCUCUUUUAAACACAGAUGUUUACAAAUUAAAGAAUAUUUCAAACCACACGUGUGGCUGAAUGAGUC